AUGCCGUACAUCGCUUCCUCGGGCCAGGAGUUCCGACUCGACGGCCCUCAGCCUCGCCGGCGCUCUGACGCCUCUGUCGGUCUUCUUCUCGCGAUAGCUCUCAUCAUCUGUGUCGGCGAUGCCGAGGCCGCAGACGGCCGGCUUUUUGCGCUGCAGCCGGAGCUGCUGCACAUGGCACUGCUGCUUCUACCACCCGCGGCGCUCUGCUCCUUCGCCUGCUGCUGCCGGGCUGCCGAGGCGGCCAGCAGCGAGGCGGCGAGGCAGCGCUGCGCGGCGUGCGGCGUCGAUCGCAAGGGCGCGUGGGCGGCCAGGCAGUCGUGGCGCGAGCGAGCCGCCUUCUUUGGCUCCGCCGCAGAGCCGCACCCGCUGGUCGCCGUCUGCGACGCGGGCAGGCGCUCCGUCGCCUUUGUGUCGCUGCGCCCGGACGGCGCGCGGCUCGAGCGGUCUGCUCCGGUGGACGGCGCCCCGUGCGGCAUCUGUUCCGCCCCGUGGGGUGGAGAGCCGGCCUUCGCCGUCACGGUGCAGGGCGAAAACGAGACUGGCCAGCCUCUGCCGGGCGUGGCGAACCCGUCCCACCGCGUCGUUCUGGUCGGCCUGCGCAGCGGUCGAGUGACCCCCGCCGGAGGCAACGACGGCUCGGCCAUGCUCUCGUACCCGAACGGGCUGUGCGCGCUGCCGCCGACGUGGCACGCGUGGAGCGCCGCCCCGCGGCUUGACCGGCCCGCCCGGCUGCUCGCCUGUACCGACUGGAACCACUCUCGGGUGGUGCUGUGGGGAGUGGACGACCCUGCCGGCGCCGCGCGCUACCUCGCCCGCGGAGACGGGGGCGGCGGAAUAGACGCGGGCGGGUUCAGCCGCCCGUCGGACAUAGUGCAUUUCUUCGCGGCCGGCUCGAACCGCGGCGAGGUUGCGCCGUGCGGCUGCCUGCGCCAGGCGAGACGCGGCCGGCCGCUCGAUCGUCCUUCGGGCGUCGCCGUGCUCCGUCCCCCGGAGUGCACCUCGAGCGGCGUCUUCUUGCUCGUCGCCGAGGCGGGGGCGAUGUGCGUCUCCGUCUUCCGCGUGGCGCGGCGCGACGGCGGCGAGCCGGUGUGCACGCACGUCGCCUCGCUGUGCGACGAGCUGCUUGGCACCGGAAGGCACCAGCCUGAGCUCGGGCUCUGGUCGUGGCUCAGUGUCGCGUGUUCGCGCGCGGGAGACAUUUGGGUGACUGACGCGGACAACGGGUGUGUCUACCUCGUGUGA